AUGCUGUUUUUCCUUUUAUGCUCAUCUAUAGCGACAGCUAGCUACCUGUAAGGUUUAUAUAGUGAUGAGUGUUUGUCAGUUCCUUAUACCAUUUGCUUAGAUAAUGGCUCAUAUGUGCUGGGCGACCUAGCAGAACCUGACUCACUUGUAGGCUGGUGGACUUUUGACGACAAAUUUGGUCAUGACUAUUCAUCAAGCACCAAUCCUUUAUCUGAGCCUGCGCAAGCAGGCCCUGGAAUGCGUAAGAUCUAAGUAGUGGGCAAAGGCCAUUCUUUGUAUUUCGACGGGACAAAUCAAGCAGUCAUUCCUCACUCAUCUUACUACGAAGUCGACCAAUUUACACUUAGCAUGUGGAUUUAUUUAUUAGAAGAUUCUACAGGAGCUUGGAGACUAGUCUUACAAAAAGGUCAAAAUCCUCAAGAACUGACACCAACCCUUAUGUUUUGGCCUCGUGAGCGUCGUUUACACGUAAGAGUGUCAACUGAAUACUAUUGGAAUGAAGGACUUGACUCAACUGGCCUUAUAAAUUUACGCAGAUGGAGCCACAUUGCAGUUACUGCUAGCGGCCAAUUGUUACAAUUCUACUUAAACAGUUAUUUAGAUCGCCAAGUUAUAUUAAACGCUCUUGUAAAGAACAACCAAGGAGACAUAUACCUCGGAAAAACUGAUUGGCAUCAAGGAUUUAAUGGCUUUAUUGAUGAUUUAAGACUAUAUUCAUCAACCCUUCAUGAGCAAGAUUUAACUGCAUUAGCAGCUCCUGCAAUUCCAUUAGCUGCCUCUUUAGGAGUUAUGCUAAGCUGUCAGCUUUGUAACUACCAUGAUGCUGAGGCAGGAUGCUUACUCCCCCCCCCCUCCGUGAGUGAACAAAAAAAUUUUGUUCACUCACGGAGGGGGGUUAAUUUUUUUUUUAAAAAAAUUUAUAUAUAAAUUUUAUAAAAAAUAUUUUUUUUUCGAAAUUUAAAAAAAAUCCUAAUUCGCAAAAAUUGGAAAGCAAAUAUUAAUUCAAUUUGCAAAAUUUUAUGUUUUAAAAAGCAAUUCGUUUAAAAAUUAAACAGAAUUAGCUCUAUAUUUCAUUAUACUAAUUAUCAUUUAUAUAUCAAAAUUUUUUUCCAUAAAAAAUUUUUGUAUUAAAAAAAAUUUUUGUUCACUCACGGAGGGUGGGUUUUUGGGCAAAAAAUAGCGAUUUUUCUAAUGGUUUUGUUCACACUCACGGAGGGGGGGGGAGUUAGACAACUGGCACAUGUGCUCUUUAGAAGAAUUAUAUGCAGGCCCUUAUGAAAUGGCAAGAGCAAUGGGCUGGUUCAGAUUUACAGCUGAAAUUUGGACAAGGAACACAGAAGACCAGACCACAACUUCGUCUGAUGAAAUGCAAGAUCCUGAUCUGUUUAAGGUAGGAAUAUGCUGUAAAGAUUACGAAUAA